AUUCAAACACUUAUGAGUAUACAUCAAUGAAAAGUUUGAGUGAACCUAAACAUGGAUUUUGGGGAGUUCUUGCAAGGAAAGCUAAAGCCAUUCUCGAUGAUGAUAAUGCAGCCCAACAAUCUGAAACACCUGGAAGAAUGAGACCGCAGAUGUCUGGUACAGAGACAAGGGGACAGUAUCAUAAUCCAUAUCAUUCACCUGAGAGCCAUCGAAAGAGAGAAAAUCCUGCAUUACAGAAAGGCCUAGGUGCAAUUACAUCUUCCCUAAGUUAUAUUGGUGGCACCAUUGGUAAUGCCUUCGAGGAGGGUCGUAAUAUUGUAGAGAACCGGACUGCAGACAUCAUUCAAGAAACUCGCAAGCUGCUUAUCAGAAAUUAUCCGAUAAAUUGUGCAAUGUAUGUGAAUUUGUAUUUUUGA